UUAUUUUUCAAACAUCAUUGUCUUUUCAUUUUUCCUUUCCACACUCUGCAUAAAAAGUUUAACACAAAUAUAUAUCCUCACCACCACAAUAUUCUGAGCUUAACCCAUUGAGUAAUCACACUAUGGACAAAAACAAUGCCUCAAACUCUUCUGUGUGCAACAAAAUCCGUCAAGCACUUGCAAACAACCUUGCUGUUAGAACCGUUCAACGCAUCACAAGCUUCAAUCAAGAACCUAAGCCACUCACCAAACAUCCAAAAACACCUUCUUCCAUCAUUAGUAUUCCUAUCCAAAACAAACCACAUCCAAAUCAUAAGGCUCCCAAACAAGGAUCAGGAUCAGGAGCAAUUCCAAUAAAGUUUGAUCACUCAGCAGUCUCAGGUGCAGAAAGAGCAAACAAAGUGGCUAUCAAAGGUGAGCCUCAUGCACAGCGUGUUCCCAUGCAAGGGUACAAACAACAAGGUCAUGGGGUGCUCACAGAAUCACCACAUGGUAAAAAAAUUGACAUCAAUGACCAUUUCAAAGAUUUCAUUCAACAAACCAGGGAGAAAAUGAUGAGAAGCAUGACGAACAUUGGUUGGGGUCAGAACAACCAUGCGGCUGCACCAGAUCAUGAGUCUCACCAUGGUAGUCACAAAAACGAAAGCCAUUUUUCUGACUUUAUUCAGCGUGCUAGGAAGAAGCUCAGAACUUCAACAACUGUUCGCAAGAAUAAUUACACCAAGAAAGAGUGAGAGUCUGAAUAUUCAAGAAGCUUGAUCAGUAAGUAGUAUUGCUCGUGUAAGUGUGGUAAAUUAUGAGUUGAAGGGUAUGCAUGCAUGGUAUUUCUUUCUUAUAUGUAUAUUUAUAUAUGUUGAAGUCUUAAUACAUUGUUCUAUAUUAAAUAUUCUCUAUAAAAAGAUGUUCUUGAGUGAA